AAAAAUCAAUAACAAUUAAAGUAAAAGUUUAUCCUUUAGUUUUUAAUGGAAAAUAAUUGUUAAUUAUACAAAAAUGAAUUGUCUUUUAAUCUUUGACCACUUGAACGAUAUUAUUCAUACAAAAUACAAUGAAGCAUUCGCCCAACAUAUGAUAAAUUUCGCUGUAGAACAAGAGUUUUUACCCCAGGGUUCAACAGAAAAAACUGUAGAUGCAAACAUUAUAGUACAAACUUUUUCACCUAUAGUAACAUCCCAUAGGAUAAUGAGUUGUCAGUUUGGCAACUCUUACACAUCUAUAAAAUGUGAAGAUGAUCUGAUUGUAUACUUCGAUGAUUACAUGGGCUAUUUAUUUGUAACUAUAAGCAAAGAAAAGGAAGAUUACAUGAAGUGGUUCACGCACACCUGUGUAACUAUUGUAAGAUACCUGUGUGGACCAGAUGUAUAUCAAUUAAAAGCAUGCAAGGAAAAGUCUGUACUAGCAAAUAAUCUUAUAGAUAGUUGGACAAACCUUAUCUCUUAUGACCAAUCUGUGUGCAUAGAAGCAGUUGAACAGCUUUUUAUCAAUCCAGAGCUGUGCUCCACAACACUGCGCAUCUUGCGCGAGUCUGUUGAUAAAGUGUGUGUACAUGUGGAAUACAAAAAGCUGCAUUCGUUGAUAUUAAUUCAAAAUAAAAUUUUAUCACUCUAUUCAAGUUCUUCUGCUAAAGAAUUAUCAUCAGCAGACAUAUUAUUCUUGAUAAUCCUGUGCCAAAGUUUAAAUCUUUCACAAGAAGAAAAAUCGACGGGAACAAAAUCUAUUUUUAGCUACCAAAUACUCUUAUCAGGAGUCGAAGAUACUCCGAAAUGUCUUCCACACGCAGUUCAUAUCAUGCCACAUUCCAACGGGAUCUUUUUGAUAUAUUUGUUAGAAAUUGGGAAUUCUGCUGUAGCUGCCAGUCUGUAUGAGAAUUUUUGUCACUUGCACACGAUGCAACAGGUUCAAAUUCAAAGAGAAAAGAAGACACUUCAACCAGCUUUUGAAAAUCUGGAACUAGCUACAAAAAAACUUCACGAAAGUCUGAAAAAAACCAAACACAGUGCCAUAGAAAAUUCACACAAGCAGCUAAUGAAAAAAUGGGAUAUAAUCAAGAAGAAAUACCAAGAAUACCUAAAGAAUGGUUCUGAGGAAGCACUGUUAAGGGCUGAAACGUUGGGGUUAGGAUUUUUAGAGAAUCUGAAGGAGCUGCUCAAUCUCACGUCAGUAGAUGAUAGUGUUUUAAAUUCUAGUUCGAAGUAUGUGAUAGAAGCGUCAAUGGGGGUGAAGGAGAAAUUAACGAAUUAUGAAGACUUUUUCAAGGCCAAGAGUAUUAAGAAUUUUUCACUUGGAUCUAGAGAUUCCCUAACCAUCAAUAAGUAUUUAGAAGAGUUCCCGGGAUUAGUUCAUUUCUUGUAUGUGGACCGAAAUUCGCACAGAGUGACGACACCAACUUUGGACUUGGAUACCGAAGAAGGAAAGUUUAAUAGGAAAAAGGUGUGGCUAAUGCUAAAUGUCGCCAAGAGCAAACUGCAAAAGGGGAUCAUGCAGAUAAUCUGGAAGGAUGCAAAUUACAGCUAUGGUUAUUUUCUUUGGUUUGAAGAUUUGAACGGACAAGCACUUAAACCUACUGUGUUUCCUAAAGAAGAAAUUUCCGGUUGGCCGGGGAUACUAUCAGAAGAUUUCUAUCAAAAACUGAAAAAAAUGUGCUUUCCAAAAACGCCUCCUUCAAAAAUCAAAUGUUACGAAGUAUUUUGUCUUCACUUAGGAUUGGCGACUGCUUCCGUAGUAUUAGAGCAAACCAGAAGACUUGUGGCGACUAUUUUUGAGUUGAGGGGAUUCCCAUCUCAAGCGGUAGAUUUCUUUUAAGACUAAAAUAGUUGUUAUGUGGUAAUCCAUAUUGUUUUUUUAAUUUGUUAUGUUUGUUUACGUCAUAAUAACCUUAAAAUUACUCAGAUUGCGUCCAAUUCCAAGUUUUCCUUUCAAAUGCAUCUACACUCACCGGCACAAAAUUCCGCCACCCAAAAUUUUUGAUUUAGGUUGACAAUUUAUAACUUUAUUAUUUGUACUCCCAUCAGUUUGUAGGUACAUGUAUUGGUAUCGUUUAUUAUUAUUCCGGUAACAAAAAAAAAUUGCAUGCAUGGCAUUAUACAGGGAUGCAUGGAAGCGUUGUAUUUUCUCCUAACUUCAAAAAAUUCUGUGGAAAAAUCGAAGUGCUGAUUUUGUUUCAUAGUCCUAUCAUAUUAUCCCGGAGGCAUCAGUAAAAUUUUGUUUUUUUAAUUAUCCGAAUAUCUCUUUUCUUUUAAGAGCUGUACCAUUUUUUGUAAAUAAAAGACUGAUCGACUCAUAAACAUAAAUAUCUUAAAUAGGCUUUGGAUUGAUAAGAUUAGAAUGGCCCGCAUGCAGCCCAGAUCUGUUAUAUUGAACAUUUAUGGGAUGAAUUAAAAAAAAGCUAUUCGCCGUCAUCCUAGGCCUCCAAAUUUGGUACAGUUAUGGCCCUGGUAGAGGAAUAUCGGGCUAUUCCCCAGACAAGGAUAACACAUCUUUAUUCGAUGCCAAACAGAUUGCGAGCAGUCGCUGCUGCAAGAGGUGGACAUACCCGCUAUUUAAUUGUUUUGUUUUGUUGUUAAUUUUGUUUUGAUAAUUUUAGUGCGUUUGAUAUUGUUAAUUAAAUAAACCUACAAAGCAGUGUUUUUAUUUACAGCUCUUACAAGAAAAGAGAUAUUCGGAUAAUUCAAAACACAAAACCUUAGUGAUACCUCCAGGAUAAGACAAAAGGAGUAUGAAACAAAAUCAGCCUUCCAAUUUUUCCACAGAAUUUUUUAAAGUUGAGAGAAAAUACAACGCUUCCAUUCACUCCCGUAUAAUGCCAUCUAAGUAAAAAAAUUUUGUUACCGGAAUAAUAACAAACGGCAUCAAUACAUGUACCGGGUGUCCCAAUAAGAAUGGCUCUCGGCCAUAUCUCAGGAACCGUUUAUAGUAGAGCUUUGAAAUAAAAAAUUGUAUAACAAAAGUUGUCUCAGGAAAAGCCUGGAACUUAUUUUCAUAAUUGUGGGACCACCUCUAGAGGGCGUAAUUGAAUACCAAAAAUUAAAAAAUCUAAAUUUUACAAAAUUUUCCUAAUGAAGGGGCACUGGAAAUCCGAUCGUCGUAUUCUUCAUAAAAUUCUACGCAUAUUUGAUUUGACAAGUUUAGGUCUACCUUUGGAAAUAAGAGGUGGGGGUGAGUGGGAACCUUGUUAUGAAAAACUGGCUGUGAGUCCGGUUCUGCUUAAUCAAAUUUUGCAAACUUGGUCUUGUUGAAGACAGAUCUUUUUCGUCAAUGUAAAAGUUAUGAUUUCCAACCAACUUACUGAGUAAUAUGCCAGCUAGAAGGCGUUAUUUAAUUUUUUUCAGAAAUCUAGUGUUCUUUGGAAAAGAUUAAAUACAAACAUGCAUUUUUAAUACCAUAUUACAAAAUUAGACAAAAUUAGCAACAGAAUAGCGAAAACCGCAUGUUAAUACCUUUUUUCUAUCUCGAGAUAUCUUACAAAACGUGUAAAUUUAAAAACAUAACUGUUACUGUCACCGGUAAACGAAAUUAAUUAAAAGUAGUGUGCUAUGGAAACAACAAAGAAACAUUUUCCAGCUGUCAACGUAUAUUAGGUCUUUUCAACGCUUCUCAUUUGUUUCGAGCCUCGUUCAUAUCUCGUAUAUUAAUAUUAUACACGGAUUAUACGGCAUAUGACAGAGGCUCGAAACAAAUGAGGAGCGUUGAAAAGCCCUAUUACAAAGAAAUAAAAACAACUAUUUAGUGAUGAUAUAAACGUUCAAAUUUUUGCCCAUCAUUUUCGUUGCAAACAUUUACUCUUUCAAGAGUAGAUUGAACAGCAGUCUCAAUUUCUGCUCUCGAUAUGCUUUGAAUGGCGUUUAGUAUUCUCUGGAUAAUGUAUCCUAGAGUAGUGUAUGAUGGGCAACAAUUUGAAUAUUUAGGUCGUCACUAAGUAGUUCUUUUUGUUCUGUGUUAUAUUUAAUUUUAAUAGUAUUGUCUCUCUUUAUAUUGUUGUUUUAAUUAAUUAUUUUUUUAUACGUUGACAUCUGGAAAAUGUUAUUUUGUUUUUUUCCACAGCACACUACUUUUCAUUAACUUAGCUUACCGGUGAUAGUAACAGUUAUGUAUAAAAUUUACACGUUUCUCGAGAUAUCUUGAGAUAGAAAAAAGGUAUCGACAUGCUGUUUUCGCUAUUCUAUUGCUAAUUUAAUCUAAUUUUAUAAAGUAUGAUUAAAAAUGCAUACUCGUAUUUAAUAUUUUCCAAAGAAAACUAGAUUUCUGAAAAAAAUUAAAUAACGCCUCCCAGCUGGCUUAUUACUUAUUAGGAUGGUUCAAAAUUAUCACGCUUACAUUGAAGAAAAAGAUCUGUCUUCAACAAGACCCAGUUUUCAAAAUUUGAUUUAGCGGAACCGGACUUACAGCCAUUUUUUCAUAACAAGGUUCCCACUCACCCCCACCUCUUAUUUGCAAAGGUAGAGUUAAACUUGUUAAAUUAAAUAUGCGCAGAAUUUGAUGAAGAAUACAAUCAUCGGAUUUACAGUGCCCCUUCAUUAGGAAAAUUUUGUAAAAUUUUGAUUUUUUUAUUUUUUAUAUUCAAUUACGCCCUCUAGCGGUGGACCCACAAUUAUGAAAAUAAUUUCCAGGCUUUUCCUGAGGCAACUUUUGUUAUAAAGUUUUUUAUUUCAAAGCUCUACUAUAAACGGUUCCUGAGAUAUGGCCGAGAGCCAUUCUUAUUGGGACACCCGGUACAGUUAAGAUCACUGAAAAGUUUACAUCUUAAUUUUUAUAUUGUAAUACAUACUGUAAAAUUGCAGUGACGUACGAAUUUGAUAAAUGUAAAAGUCAAAAAAUUUCAAAAAGUCAAUGCUUGUCAAAAAUUUCGCGAGUGUUGAAAAAUAAAAAUAACGAGAUCAAACUCCUCCAAAAUGGUUAUAAUGAAUUUGAAUGAUGCGCAAAAGCAAGAGCAAUUGCCAAACUCGAAGACGGUUGGUUUUUAAGACAAGUUGCUGCAGAUUUGGACGUGAGCCAUAUAUUUAUGUGCAUAUGGAAAAUCAAACAAAGACUGGAUAGUUUGGGAUAGAUAUAAAAUAAAAUCGGUAUUUUCAAACCAGACUUCCUUGUUUUCAUUAUUAAGACCAUAAUCCAUUCUAUUCAAAAAAACUUCUUUUUAUACUUUCCAUUUUGUUAAACUUUGUAAAAUAUAUUUAUAUUAUUUUUAUUUUUUAAUUUUAAAUAACCUAUUUUAGGUACACCACUGGUAACGUCACUUUGACGUAAAAUGUGCGUUUAAACGAGGUAUUAAUUUAAAAAAUCGGCUCCUAGAUAGUAAGCCUGUAAACUGUUCAAUGACCGUAACUGUACCUACAAGCUGAUUUAUUUAUUUACUUAUUUGUUAUCCCAACAGACCUGUAAGGUCUAAUUACAAGGAUAAAAUACACUAAGUUUUUUCUAAAAUAAAUAUCUAUACAAAAACAUAAGAAAGAAAAAUAACAAAAAAAAAACAAAAUAAAUAAUAGGUCUAACAUAUCAGAUAAUACAAACCAUUCUUAUAUUGUCCAUAAGACAACACUUACUAAGCCUAGGCCGAUAAAUUAAUAAUUUGUCGUAACACUAUUCCCCGAAAUACAUUUUGUGAGCCUGACCAAUCUAAAUCAGAGUAUUGAUGUUAUUAGCUAGUCGAAACAUGUUCACCAGAGGAGCCCUGGUGGUAGUAGAUAAUAGUGGAAUAUUAAACAUUACCAUAUUGCGAGUUAAUCUUAAUGGUACAUUGAACCUAAUCAAAGCUAGAAUUUCAGGUGAAUUAAUUUUAUUGUUAAUUAUUUUAUCUAAAAAUAUUAAAGCUAUAAGUUUCCGUCUGUCUGCUAAUGAUAAUAUUUUAAACUUAUUUCUAAGGCGAGUGGUUCUAACUUCAGUAUAAUCUGGUCGUAUGUGAUAUUUUUUUAAAUAUCUUAAAAAUUUAUUUUGAAUUUUUUCCAGUGUAUCUAAUGCAGUUUGAUACUCACCAAACCAAAUAUGAGCUCCAAAUUCUAAUUUUGCCCUUACUAAAGUAUAGUACAAAAUUUUAAGAGUUGCUAUAUUUCUAAAAUUAAAGGUUUGUCUAAUUAUAAACCCUAAUAAUCGAUUUGCAGACUUCGUUAUAUUAUUUAUGUGGCCAACGAAAGAUAAUAAAUUUAUUAUAUGUGAUGCCUAAAUCUUUUACCUCUGUACAACGCAGUAAAGUUUCUUCAUUAAUUUUAUAUUCAAAUAUAAUAGGAUCUUUUAAACGUGUUACGGUAAAUAUACAGCAUUUUUUCACAUUAAAGUAUAACUUGUUGCAAUAGCUCCAUUCGAGUAAAUUAUUUAGAUCUUUUUGUAAUAAUACAGAGUCUCUAACAGUUUGUAUGCGUUUGAAGAGUUUUAAAUCAUCGGCAAAUAGAAGACAUUCAAUACUGAUGGUAAGUGAUUAAUAAAAAGUACAAAUAAAAGAGGCCCCAGAUUAGAACCUUGUGGCACUCUCGAAUUAGCUUCAAAUUUACCUGACGUAUUCCCAUUGUGUUUAACUAUAAAAGAUCUGUUUUGCAAAUAAUUUUUUAUUAAUUCGAUAAAAUUCUUUGAUAAACCAAACUUAGUUAAUUUUGAUAAUAACACGUCAUGGUCAACCGUAUCAAAUGCUUUACGAAAGUCUGUAUAUACAGUAUCUAAUUGGGACUUUGAUUCAAAAGUUUCAUAUGCUCGAUUCAUGUAAAUAAAUAAGUUUGAACUAGUAGAUUUACUGGCUACAAAACCAUGUCGCUGAGAUACUAAAAUCUUUUCGACAUAAUGAUAUAGACUAGAAUAAAUAAUUUGUUCGAAUAGUUCAGCUGGUGCACACAUCGAUAUCGGCCUAUAAUUUUCUAUAUUUAUUUUAUUGCCUGUUUUGAAUAUAGGAGUUACAAUGCCAGUUUUCCAUACUACAGGAUAGCUAUUAGAGGAAACUAUUAAAUUAAAUAUAUGAAGUAAUGGUUUUUCUAACCAUUCACCACAAGCUUUAAGAAUAUACGGCGGAAUCCCAUCAGUCCCUGCUGCUUUCUUAGGUUUUAUCUUUUAAACUCCAUUGUUGUACUCAGCUUCGGUUAUGAAUUUUAUUACAAAGCUGUCACUAUGUACAGAAUUUUUAGAAAUGCAAGGAAUUUCUGCUGCAAGAAUCUUGAAAAUCGGAGUACAAAUAAUAGUUAUAGAUUGUCAAACUUAAUCAAAAAUUUUGGGUGGCGGAAUUUUGUGCCGGUGAGUUUAUAUUAUAACUAUAGAGCGUUUGAUAAGGCUAUGUAUUUCUUAUGGACGAUAGAAGUGCGCCGAUGUCACGCCGUCUAAUUAUAAUGAAUCGCAUAUCGACAGUCUAAUAGCAACACUUGCCUGAGAGGUUUGGCAACACUGAUCUGCAUAAGUCAAACGUUCUGUUCUUAACGUGAAAUAAAAUAUUUAAAAUUCACUAUUCCGGGUCUCGUAUUAUCUGAUCCAACGAGGUGUGAUGUCACUUCCUUCAACAUGGCCACCUAGUGAGCAUUUACAUAAGCUUUGCACAUGUGCGACUGCGACUUAAUCAUUUUUAAACAGUUCUAAAGCCAACAUAAUGUGAAUUUAUGGUGCAUGCCACAAAAUAAAGCGAUUAGACAAUGCUUCUUCUUAUAUGCAGUCAUUUUGUUAAAAAUUCCGUAACGUAGAUUAUUUUAUAAUUGUUAUUACUUGUGUUCUUAUUUGCUAAACCUACUUUAUUAUUCCAUUUUUAAUUUGUUAAUGUGCCAACAUUAUUUUUUGUACUGUGAUAUUUUGAAUUUUUAAUAAAUAAAUAGUUACAAUUUUA